UAUGGCGAUGAAGUGCGAGAAGGGGCUACUACCGAUGAUCACAAUGCGACUGACCCGCUCAGCUCCACAUUCGCACGCACGCGAUCAAUGAUUACAUUCAACAGACUCAAACCGCCGGGACCAGGGGUUAGUCUUGUAAGGGAUAAGAAACGGUAUGUGUAG